AUGAUAGAAUAUAAUCGAUUAGAUAAUCCUAAAGAAGAAAAUCAAAUACAUGAAACUCUUUUCAGUUGUACGUUGAAAAAUCAAAUUUUAUCUCUUGUUAUCGAUAUUAAUACAAAUGGAAUGGAAAAUUAUAAACAAGGUAGAAAUGCAAUUAUAUUUUCACAUAUCUUUAGUAUGUUCAGUAAUUUACAAUAUUUAAAUUUCUGUCCACCUUCAAUUGGUCAUCAACGAUUAUCAUUUGAUACUUCACCUCUAACUGUUAUAUCUAAAAAUUUAUUAGAAUUACAUGUCUCUUUGCGUAGUUUUACUAAUUGUCUUUAUUUACUUGAUGGUCGUUUCAAUAAACUUCAUACACUUUAUGUUAAUAUAUCUUUGAUUCGCUCUUUGCCUUUAAUAAUCAAUAAUAGGGAAAAACUGUUUAAUUUAAAAUACUUUUCACUUCAUUGUGCUUGGGAAACAUUUGAUUAUGAUGAAUUAAUUGUACCACUUUUACAUCGAAUGUCAAAUUUAGAAAAGCUUGAUUUGAAUCUUAUUGUUUGUGAAAGAAAAACAUUUAUUGAUGGUAAUGAAUUAAAGAUAAAUAUUGUUGAUUAUAUGCCAGAAUUAAAAAACUUGACAUUUAAUAUUCGUUCAACAAGUAGUUUUUAUAAUAAAAUUAAUUUUCCAUCAAAUGAAGAUAUUCAAAAUACGUUCACAGAUUUUAAAGAUAAAAAAAUAAUGUAUUGUAUUGAUUAUUUUCCAAAGGCAAAAUAUGGUCAAUGUCAUAUUUAUUCAUAUCCAUAUAAACAGAAACAUUACGAUGGUAUAACAAAUAAUUUUCCUGAUGAAAUAUUUAAAUAUGUUCGUAAAGUGUCAUUAUUUGAUGAACGACCUUUUGAACAUGAAUUUUUUCUUCGAAUUUCUCAAUCAUUUCCAUUAAUGGAAAUUUUAAUUGUAGUUAAUGAAAAACGACAAAAUAAUAAACAAUUUAGAAAAUCAAAAAAUGAAAAUCAAGAUUUAUCAAUUAUUGAAUAUCCUCAUCUUAUUCAACUUGAUCUUUUCAAAGCUCACAAAGACUAUUAUGAACAAUUUUUAUACGAUACAAAAACAUCUUUACUAAAUGAUCUUUCUCUUUAUACGGCUUAUCCAAUAAUGCAAAAAGUAACACGUAAUUUUAGAAGAAAUGCAACACGAACUAAUUGUUCGAAAAUAACUUACCUUUAUUUUUAUAUUAAAUCAACAUAUUCUGAACAUUUAAAAGAAUAUUUUCCUCAUGCAAAAAUAGUUUGA